CAGCUGCCUACUUUAAGGCUCUUACAUGCUAUAAUAAUUACUUUUAAUCCUCUAUAUCACAAGGCCUAUAUAAUAUAAAGCUAGGUGGAAGUUUUCCUUGUACGGACCCAACAUGAGCGAGACAACACUCAGCUUCGUAACCGUCGACGUCUUUACCCAGACGCGAUACAAAGCCGGGAAUCCAUUACCUAUCGUCUAUCUCCCCGAAAACGCACCUAUAACCCAGGAGCGUAAACAGCUUAUAGCUCGCGAAUUUGCACUGUCGGAGACUGUGUUCCUUCACACGCCACCCGCUGCACCGGGCACGUGGAAAAUUGACAUCUUUACGACUUACCUCGAGCAUCCUUUCGCUGGCCAUCCGACGAUUGGUACUGCAGUCUACGUUCUGAAGAAGCAGUGGGAGACAAGUGGAACACAGCUCACUCAGGAUUCGGGUUCAGAAAACAUCAACGGAACGUUUUUAACCAAAGCCGGCCGUAUAGAGAUUUCGUAUAACCCUUCGAACGGAAUCGCACGGGCGGCCAUUCCGCAGAAGCACCACAUCCACGCCUGGCGAUGCCCGCUUCCUUUUCUCUUUGACAAGCAGCGGGAUCUUGACCCGUCGCAUCUCAAAGACCCGUCUGCCGGGCUUCCUGUUGUGUCGAUCGUCGAUGGCAUGACCUUCAUCCUAGCCGAACUAUCAUCUCUCGAUGCAUUGUCUCGGGUCUUGCUACAGCACGGUAACGUUACGUGUACGCUGGACGUAGGCUGGUCACGUCCACAGCGUCCGUUCUACUUCUAUGUGCGACUCUCCGAUGGCAUGGAUGGGAUGAAGAGGUUCCGCACACGUCUCUUCAUGAAAGACGCCGAGGACCCAGCGACUGGGAGUGCGGCGUGUGCACUGGCAGGAUAUAUCGCCAGGAGCGAGGGCAAAAGAGGGCAGAGUGUAAUUGUAAAAGUUGUGCAAGGAGUAGAGAUGGGACGAGAGUGUGAGAUUGGUGUUGAAGUGAAGUUGGGAGAAGACGGUGGUGUAGAAGGCGUAUGGUUGAGUGGCUCUGCAGUGGAUGUCAUGAGUGGUCAAUUGCCUCUCUGUUAGAUCAAGAAAAGACGUUGAAAUCUGUGCACCUGUCGUGAAGCUAUGUCCCAGUCUAGCGAGAUAUAGGUUCCUGAUAUACCAUUUUCAUGAUAGAGCGGGCGUCAUGUGUCUGCUCUCUCGCGUUGCGCUUUCCAAGCCUUGAUCAGCAAACC